AUAGAGUAUAAAAAGUAGAAUCAAAAGCACAUUUAAUGCAGAUUAGUUUUACACUUGUUAUUAACAACUUCUUUUCUCAUUUAUUUGUCACCCUUCAUUAAUAACCCCACAUUUAUUAACCCUCAGUAUUUAUUUCAAAACCUUAAUAAAGUUAAUUCACAUUUACAUAGUCACAUCGGUCCUCCCUGAGCGAGUCUUAUUUAUGGUUAAUGUUUUUAUGUCACCUUCCUCAACACUACCAUAGUCUACAAGCACAAGAUUCAAUACUUUUUGCCAUAAUCUGAUUUUACAAUGUUGAUUAAUGAACUUCCAGAUGAUUGUUUACUCACCAUUUUUGAUUAUGUGAAUUACUUGGAUGAUUUAGUGAACUGCUUUAAAGUGUGUGGCAAGUGGAGUCAUUUAAUUGCUCAGAGAACCAAAAAAGUUAAAUAUUUGCUUGAUCUUUACCCGGAGUAUGAUGAUUGUGUCUAUUAUCGAGAUAUUAAACAGAUCGAUGGAACUGAUUUAAGCACAGAAUUUCCAAAUUUAAUAAUUUCUUACAAACUCGAGCAAGAAGAAAAACGAAAACAUAAUUUUGCAUUGGCCAGAAAUCAAGAACCUUCGCAAGGAUCAAUCAACUCACAUCAUGGACUAAUAGAAAAAUAUCGUUUUCAACUCAAAAAGGUAUCCUGUGAUUUAUUUGAGCCAAACAUUCAACAUGAAAGUUCCAGUGUAAAACAAUUGUUCCGAGUGGAAAGUUUGGAUAGAUUCAAGAAAGACGCACAUCUGUUCCCAAAUCUUGAACGCAUAAAUGUUUUUAAUUGUUGUGGCAGAGACUCCAUGUACGAUGGUCCAGUAUUGGAAAAGCUUAAAAUAGCUGAAUUUGCCUUCAUGACUACAUUGUUUCUUGGAAACGAAGCUUCUUAUGCUUUCCAGUUCAUGGAUUCAUGUCCAAAUCUACAAAGUGCACAUUUCAUCACGAAUUCUAGCCACUUGUUUUUUGAUGGAACAUUAAAACACGAAAGUUUGCAAGAUUUAGUUAUAUCUGCUGAGAUAGCAGAUACUAUUAGUAGUAUUUUUAAUCCCAGAUCAAUCGACUGGAAUGAUUUAAAAAGAUUGCUGAUGAAAUAUCCGAAUCUCAAACAUCUUGCGUUGUGGAGACAAUCUAAUAUAACAGAUGAACAUAUCGAGGAGUUGGUUCACAUUUUACCCAAUUUAGUGCUACUUGAUGUUUGUGGAUGUCUAAGUGUCAGUUGUAAAGCUGCUAAGUAUGUCCAGGAUUAUUGUAAACGAUAUGGACGAACAAUCAAGUUUUACUUCAAUGGCAAUUACAAUGAAAUCGACUCAGAUUGGCCUCUGUUGUCCUCUAAGCAAGAAAUAAUUAGUCAAGGCUUGGAUUUCAUGAAACAUUGUUUUCUCAAAGAUUUUUUAGACCUUCCAUAUUUCUUGAUUCCUAUUGACGAUUGAAAACCACAUAAAUGUAUUUAUCAAUAUAUUUGUUACUCUGUGACUGUGGAGGCCUAACGUUAUUCGAAGAGUUUGAAUUCAAUCUAUAUUCUAGCCAUUCCCAAAUUGUGAUUUGAUUUAGUGGAUACAUUAAUCAACUUUCGUGUCUGCAAAGGAGCUUGAAUGCAUUCAUCAAUGCGUGUGGAUAAGAGGUUUUUGGUGGGAAAAUUGUUUUGUAAAGUUAAGAAAGUAUUGAAAAGAUAUCUCAUAAGUUUCUUCGAAUAUAACUCCAGUUUCUGUAAACCUUUCUUUAUUAUUUUUAAGCACAGCAGUACCAGAUAUUGCACGACUAGCCAAUGUAUCAUUGACAGUGGGAUGUUGGCAAAAAGCAUUAUGACUUGGUUGAAUACGAUAAGCUUUGUGACCAAAUCGAAGCUUAUCGAAAAACUGAAUUUUAGAUGACCUGUAACUCUCAGAUCAACUUUGAAUCCAACGAUAUUGACUACUUGAGCGUAAAAACGAUGGAUUAGUUCAGAAUUUUGUAUAAAAAUAGUUCUUAGUUUGGACUUUCACUUGAGGUAAGGAAUUUUUUUAUAGUACUCAGGUUAAACUGAUUCACCCUGAUGACCCUUUUCUGUAAAACCCAGACAGCGUAGUGAAUGCCAGACAGUUAAUGUCUGGAGGCAUAGUUCAGUUCUUUCCUUAACAGAGACCUUAACAGUACGAUUCGUCGGAAAGCAAAAGCCCUUUUCUCAUGUGACACAAAUAAAUCUCCUUCAUCAAAUACAUCAUCAGAAUCACCAUUACAACGCUCUUAUUCAUCGCCCAUUUCACUCAAUGUUGAUUAUCAUAAAAAAAUUGUGUGAUUUCCUAGUCCACUAAUAAACAAGA